GGAGUUUGCAUGGCGUGACCCUGAGCUGCCUGAGGUGAUUCAUAUGCUGCAGCACCAGUUCCCCUCGGUGCAGGCCAACGCCGCCGCAUACCUGCAGCACCUGUGCUUUGGAGAUAAUAGAGUCAAGGCUGCGGUACGUACUCACUGCUCAAUCUUCUUCCCUGCUUCACAUAUCCUUCAUCAGUACCCAGAUUGCAGUUCGCUGUGACGUGCCUCCCAUCCCAAAGGGGGUGAAUCUAAACGGAAAUUUCUUCAUUCCUCACAUCCUCUCUCCUCAUCUUCAUCUCAAAGCACAAAGGAGGUUUAUUUCGGAUCUUCUCUGAUGCGUUAUAAGGAGGAGGCAAGCAGAGCGGAUGCGAGGAAUCGAGGAAAUACAAUUGAGAUUCCCCUAGGGUGUGAGAGGACUGAGCUGCAGCAGAGGCUCUCUCUCUCUCUCUCUUUCCUCUCUCUCUCUCUCUCUCCUCUCUCUCUCUCUCCUCUCUCUCUCUCUCCUCUCUCUCUCUCCUCCUCUCUCUCUCUCUCUCUCUCUCUCUCUCUCUCUCUCUCUCUCUCUCUCUCUCUCCCCUGACUAGGGUGGGUUGGGCUGACCACUCCAUUCCACUCCAGCUCCCUCUGGAAUUUCACGGCUCAACUGGGUGCUGGUACUCUUAGAAUCAGCAGGGGCUUCACAGCACUUAACCUAUACUGAGACACACACACACUUAACUGAGAUGGUAGCGGGGUGAACAGGCCGUGGCUCCACUUCUGGUCCCCACAAGGAUAGUAAAACCAAAAACCCACAGCCACACACACGCAUGCGCACACACAAAGAAGAUACAUUGUUUUUUAUAAACACAAACACACGGUCUCUUCUGUCAGUCAGUCUGUCUGUCUCUCACUCUUUCUCUCUCUCGCUCUUUGUCACACACUCAUACAUUACGAAGACACACAUUUCAAGGAAAGAACAUUGAGUCUUUUCUAGGUUUUGAUAAAAGGCAACUGUCGGCUCUGUAGAUAUGUUGUUAUUUUUUUUCCCUCGGGUGCAAAAAGUCAACUAUUGAAAUCUAGUCAUACGUGGAAAGUGGCAUAAGAAUGCUAUUGUUUGCGUAAUCUCUUUAAAUUACUGCAACACUUUGUAUUAUGAGUUUCACACCUUGUAUCCACCCUAUAGUUUAGGCAUUCUAUGUGAACACUAAAGAUUUGCAUGACAUUUUCCAUAUUUCUUUCAUCUGGCAUGAAGAAAGCUAUUGGUAUACAUUCUCUCAGCAUCCCGGCUUAGCUACAUGAAUAAAUGCAAAGCCUAGAUUGUGUAAUGGAGACCAUCAUGUUAUCUUAUAACAGGCUGUGAUGUCACAAUAUCCAUCCACCUUAAAAUACUCCCCCUGUUUAUUGUUUAUCAAUUCUCUGUGGUAUUUUGCUGUAGAAACCAAUGAAUUUGUGUUCAGGGCCUUCUUAAUAACACUGUAUAACCCCAUCUCUGUAGGUGUGCCGUCUAGGGGGCAUCAAGCACUUGGUGGACCUAUUAGACCACAAAACCCUGGAGGUCCAGAGGAACGCCUGUGGAGCUCUGAGGAACCUGGUCUACGGGAAAGCCAUGGACGACAACAAGGUUGCCGUGAGAAAC